UAUGUAAUAAUAAUCAAAAAAGUUUACAAUACGUCGAUCUACUGUGAUUUAAAAACCCAAAAUUGAAACAAGUAAAAUAUCAUUUACAAUUCUAAGUUUCAUAAAAACCUGUUUGCAAGAUUCCUCAAUAAACUCCUAGUUAAUAAACUUAAUUAGAAAAUACUUCAAAUCUAUUUAAGUAAAUAUAUAAGAUAUUUAAUCAUUUUUAGUAAAGAAGAAUAUAAAUAAUUGUAAUAUGAAAAUGAACAACUAAAAAAAUAACUCAAAGACAAAUCUUAAGAGUUUGAUAAAAAAUUAUCAAUCAUAAAUGAGGUAUAAUGAUAAUAAUUCUUAUAAAAGUUAACAAAAUAAUUAGAAAAAGAACUUAAGAAAAGAGAAGAGGAGAUUGAUUAUUUUAUUCAAAAGAUUGAAAAUAAGGAUAAGGAGAUAAAAUAAUAAAAAGAAUAAAUUGUGAAAUUAAAAAGUAAGAAGAAAGAUUACAAAAAGAAAUGUCAAGAAUUGUAAUAAUAACAGUAAUAGAAUUCACAUGACCCACUUCAACAACUAUUAGAAAUGAGAGCACUUCUUCUAUAAUUCCGAUUAACAGCACAAGUGUUACCACUUCUAUAAUAAUAAAAUAGAUUAAGACAAUAUUAAACUUAAGUAAUUGAUGUAGAUAAUAUGACUUAUGAAUAAUUAAUAUCACUAGAAGAAUAAAUGGGGUAGAUUAUUAUUUAUGAAUUAUAAUUAGAACUGUAUCUAAUGGAAUAGCUAGAGAAGAUAUUAGAAGAAUACGUAAGAGAGUAAUUCAAUAAAGUGACAAUAUCUAAGGAGUAUGCCCAGUUUGUUAAUGCAACAUGGAAGUAGGAGAGAAAUACAGAAAAUUGGGUUGUAAUCAUUAUUACCAUGCAAAAUGUAUCAAAAGUUGGUUAUUGUAACACAAUAAUUGUCCCGUUUGCAAACAGACUGUUGUAAUUGCUAUUUGAUUAUUAA